AUGCCCUACGCACCCCCUCCAGGGCCCCCACCACCCCGAGUUCCAGAUGGCUGGAAAGCACAAUUCGACGACCGGUAUAAAGAAUGGUUCUACGUAAACCUAAAGACAGGCAUCUCACAAUGGGAAGCACCACCAGUCCCCGACGCACACCCUUCUAACGGCGAUCCAACCUCAAGGGCGCCAGUCGCCGAACCACCUCCCCAUUAUGCCCCGCCUGUUACUCAGACCGCUGCCCCUGGCGAGGUUCAUAACAAUCCCGCCACCGCAAACCUGUCAGAUCUCGGCUCAAAUAAUCCAUUCAACCCCAUGCGGACGGGGAGUUCUUACGGAUCAGGACCCGGUUCAGGUACAAAUGAAGCCGUGAUGGACGAGGACGCAAGGUUAGCUGCACGAUUGCAGGCGGAAGAGAAUGGGCAGGCAGGCAUGAUGGGACAGGGAUCACUACCACCGCAGCCACAACCACAGCCACAGUCUUUGCCACCUCCCCAGCCACAGUCUUUGCCACCUCCCCAGCCACUGAUUGAGGAACGCCGCAAAUCUCCCGGCGGCUUCUUGGGCAAACUGAUGGGCAAAGCGUCGUCCAAGACUAAUUAUCAAGGCAGCGGCUUCAGCACUGCCCCGUAUUAUCCACCACCACCACAGCAGCCGCCGCCGCAGCAACAGCAACAGCAACAAUACCCACCAAUGCCACAAUACCAGCAGCAACCCUACCCGCAACAGCAACAGCAACAACAACAACAACAACAAUACGGCGGCUACUACGGGCCCCAACCCAACACGCCAUCGUACCCGCAAUACGCUCCCCAGCAGCAGCAACAACAACAGCAUCACAAACAGCAUGGACGACCACGCAUUGGGCGGGGUGGUGCUGCGGCGCUAGGACUGGGCGGCGGGUUGCUGGGUGGUGCGUUAUUGUCGAAAGCGGUUGGGAGUUAUGGAAGGCACGCGUAUGAGGAGGGGCUGGCGGAUGGGGCGGAUAUGGAUGAUUAUAGUGACGAUGGUUUUGGGGGUGAUGAUUUUGGGGGUGGUGAUUUUGGGGGCGACUUUUAG